UGUGUGUGUGUGUGUGUGUGUGUGUGUGUGUGUGUGGAUUCAAACAGCACUGUGCGUGUGUGCUUGAUGGAUUUCUUGCUGCUUCGAAAAGAAAACUAUAUUAUAAUCUCUGUCUCACAAAUCGCAGGAGCAGCGAGAUUAAACACAUCUCUUUUAUUGUGCAUAUUAGUGCUGUGGAUGAUUUCUGAUCUACUUUUGUGGCUGACGCUAUAGGUGUUACUUUGUUGAUUCGGAGCGUGUGCAGUUUUGGACGGAACGAGAAGAAGAAAGCACUGGGAAGUGCAUUAUUACAGCCGUGCUGUGAACUUUGCGUAAUUUGAGAUGUGCGUCAGGAGCACGAGCACUUAAAACCCAAACCCGAAGAUGCAUAUGUGUGCGAUUUUAUGCUCAAUUCUACUCGGCUUUGCUGCAAUUGGCAAAGCUGCAGAAUGUGAAUCUGGGUGCAAUCUUGCCAAUGGGGUUUGUGACAGUGGAGUAUGCAGGUGCAACCCUGGCUGGAAGGGUGCAACAUGUGAGCAGUGCAUUCCUCUCCACGGUUGUGUUCAUGGAACAUGUGAAAAUGCUUGGCAGUGUACAUGCGAGCAGGGAUGGGUAGGCAGUCAAUGUGACCAAGACGGCCAUCUGUGUUCAUCAAAGCCUUGUUCUGGCAAUUCAACCUGCAUUGAAAAAGAAGAGGGUGGAUAUCUCUGUAUCUGUCCUCCUGGAUACACAGGCAAACAUUGCCAACUGAAGAAAGGACAGUGUCUAAUGAAUGGUUCUCCAUGUCAGAAUGGUGGAACCUGUGAGGAUAGUAAUGGAUUUGACAGUCACUCAUCUUGCCUGUGUACUCCCGGAUUCACUGGAGAUUUCUGCGAGAUUGAUGUUGAGGCUUGUGAGUCCAGCCCAUGUCUAAACGGCGGCACAUGCACUGAUCGUGGACUAGUCUACACCUGCACUUGUCCUCCUGCUUUCUCUGGUCCUAUCUGCAACAUCAGCUUGGCUUUAUGCUCUGACAGUGCCUGUAACAAUGGGGGUACCUGUUUAAUUGAGACCGGCAGUGGAACUCGAUGUAUCUGUCCACCCGGCGUAACAGGACCUUUGUGUGACUAUCACAUCCAUGAGUUCAAACCGAAAGCCAAGUUUAAACCACCAAACCUAGGCCAUCCUCCCCAGCAAUUUAGCCUCCCUGCUCAUCCUUUCAACAAGCUGUUGAGACACCCUGAGCACGAGUUCCUAAAGAUCACCAUGAAAGAGUCAGCGCAUGCCUCCAGUCCACUGGUCACACGCAGCCAGGUGAUCUGCUUCGCAGUUUUGGGUCUGCUCACCUGCUUGGUGGUCUUGGGUACCACAAGCAUCAUCUAUAUCAAUCGCUGUGAGACGUGGCUGGCAAAUGCGAAGUAUAGCAAACUUAUGCACAAACAGAGAAACUUCCUCCUAAAGGACAAUGACAAGGAGCACUCUGUACAUAUCAUCCUACCUGAGAAAAUUAAGCUGACCAAUUAUGGGAAACACUAUACAACCAUAUAACAGCUGGACCACCAGACACUUGUUCUUUUGGUUUUGUGAGCAUCAAACUAUUGUUACUUGUUUGGUUGUUGAAUAUGAAUAUUUGGGUAUUGGGUCAUAUUUGGAAAUAUUUAAGAAAAUAUUUAUUUCAGGGGCUAGGAGUAGAUUUUUGUAGAUUAUACAUUAUGGUUACACACAAUAAUUACAAUAGCUCAUGUGUAGCUCUGUGUAAAAAAAAAAAAAACAGCUCUUCAUAUUAGUCUUAACAAUUCAAGAUGUUAUAUUUUUGCAAAUUUGGUUAGCAAUACAAUACCACAUCUGAAUAGUAAACAACAAAAACAAAAAAAACGCCAACUCGGAUCUCUGUAUUAAAACACAGGAUUUGUACUGGUAUGAGUACAAAGACAGUUUGAAACAAGCAUCUUAGUACAGCAUAAUGUAGUUAUACACCUCAUUAUAGAAAUUGAAAACCACAGUAAAAUGUUGAAUGGGAGCUGUUCUGAGAUAAAACCAAGCAUCCACUGAAAUAAACUGUGCUGAUAUGUACACUACCUGUCAAAAUUUCUUGAAACACAAAAUUUGACAUAUUUUUCAUUGAAUUAAAAACAUUUUAAGACAAGUUUACAUAGUAGAGACAUAUUAUAUACACAUUUCUGAAUAAAAAUAAGAUCUGUAGUAUUUACUUAAAAUAAGUAGUUUUUACUUUAUAUUCAGGAGAAGCAUUCAACAAGUGUUUGGCUUAUCUGGAACUGUUAGGUAGUGGUGGCUUGACAGUUAAGGCUCUGGGUUACUGAUCGGAAGGUCAGCAGUUCAAUGCAAGGCUGCCACUGUUGGGUCCUUGAGCAAAGCCCUUAACCCUCUCUGCUCCAGGGGCGCUGUAUCAUGGCUGACCCUGCACUCUGACCCUAACAUGCUUUGAUAUGUGAAGGAAAAAUUUUUUCACUGUGCUGUAAUGUAUAUGUGCCCAAUAAAGACUCAUUAUCAUUAUUAAGAAAAGCUUCCUGGGUGAAGCUUAUGAAGCGGGUUGAGAAGAUGCCGAGCAACGUUUAAUCAUGACUGCAGAUCUUCUUUUAAACACUUCUUUUUAAGCAAGAAUAUUGUAAACUAAAUUAUUAUGGUCGUAGUA